AUGAAUUUCCAGAUAAAAAUUCUUCAACAAAAGUCUGAAACGGCAGGAGGACAAAAUUCAGAUGUGUCAAAGGUUUUAGUAUUAAAAACAGACCAAGCAGUUAAUGAAGAAGAGAAGACUGACUGGUCAGUGGAAAAGCAACAUCUUUGGCAAGCACUUACCAUCCUACAAGAGAUAGAAGAAUCUUUACAGAAACGAGAGAGGGAAGUCACUGAGCUCCUACAAAGUGAAAGAAGAUUUUACAAGGCAAUGAAACCUCAAGUGACAGUGCUAAUAUUCUUGAAAUCUCUUAUCAAGAUGGUUCACACCAUAUAUUGUGAUGUUCCUGAGGCACAGCAAUGCAUCUAUCAGCUUAUCAGGAAGAACAAAGAUGAAAGAUCUGUUCGGGAAGAAGUUUUUAAUAAUGCUCAAGCUGACAUUCUGUCCUAUGAAAUGUUUUGUGGAAAUGAACUUAUGGAUGACACAAGGACACACCUCCCAACGAAGCUUUUCAGAAACAUUGGGAAAGCAAAGUGUGAUUUAGAAUAUGUUGAAACAGAAAAAAUAGUGUUUGACUGUAUCCAGACAGGAGAAAUCCCCAACUGGAUUAAAAGGGAUUGUCUUUAUGUAGCCUGGUCAGAAGACCCUGAAAUACGCCCUGAAGAGAUAGAGUCACCAUUCCGAGGAACUCCUGCAGAAGUUUAA